AUGUGGACUCUAACGAAUGUAACAUUAUCAAUAAUUAUUUCAAUAUCUGUUAUUGUUUAUGUUAUUAUUAUUUAUAUUUCAAAGAAGAAUUCGAAAAAAUCAUUUCAUGUAUCAUUAGUUCUAACAUGUAAUACAAGUAUAACUAUAAUUGGUUCAUGUAUAUCACUUAUUUUAAUGACAUUAUCAAGUAUUGGUGGUGAUCGUAAUAUAACUUCAUUAAAAUCAAUUAUUUUUUGGGGUUGUCAUAUUCGUGGUUAUCUUGCUAUUGUUUUUGUUAUUUCAAUUUAUUUAUCUUAUAUAUUACAAGCUGCUUAUAGACUUUUUCGUAUUGUAUAUCAUAAAUAUAAAUAUCUUCGAACAAUGUCAACUUUCAUAUAUUAUAUAUUAAUUCAAUGGAUUUUAUCAUUUGUAUUUGUAUUACCA